CGGCUAUUUUUGGACAAUACAAAAUUCGGAAAUCGCACAUGAAGAUUUGACAGCGUAAACCGCUUAUUUUCAUUUUUAAACUGUCAAAAUAUGUAAACAAGGCAACAAAUAUUUUUUAUUGUUGUUAACAGCAGUGAUUAUUAUUUUUUAACUGAUUCUGAAGAUUGUUAUAUAUAUGUUGCAUAUUUUCACUACAUAUUUCCAACGGAGUUGCUGAAUUAAGCGGGUUUGAGAUAUCAUAAAACACAUUUUUGCAUUUCACUGCAUUAAAUUGGUUACAUCGUACGAAACAUGAAUUCGGUUCAGCCUUUGGAAGAAUAUCUCACAGAUAUGGUUAUACCAGAGAAGCGAAACGCAGUUAAAAUUUUACCAGAUCAUGUCACAAUGCUACAUGGUACAAAAAGCAAGAAACAACAUACAGAGAAGAAACGGCGUAAAACGAAAUCAACAAUCAUGACUAGACGAGAAUAUGCCAGUCUGGGUUUAUUUACAUUACCAACACGUCAAUUAAAAUACAAGGAAUUCUUACCACUACACCAACUGUGGAAAGGAUAUGCACAAGAACAUCUUGGUUUGAACGAAGGUGAUACAAUUCCUCAAUUGCACGAACCCACAUAUGAUGCUUUUAGUAAAUUACUAGUGAAAAUGGAUUUGCAUGGUGCAAACAUACGUGUGAUCGAGUCAAAAUCUUCAACUUUACUGGGUUUAGCAGGAAUUAUUGUGUUGGAAACUAAAAAUGUGUUAAAAGUUCUAGGCGAAGAUGAUCAUUUACGUACAAUACCAAAAAGUGAAUGCAAUUUCGGCAUGCGUUUAGGAAAUAUUGAGUUCACUAUAUUUGGCAAACAUUUAACUAUAAGACCUGCUGAACGUUCGGUUAAAAAGAUUAAAACACUAGUAGAACCUUUAAAAUUGUAAUUGUUAAUUAUU